GCGUGCGUCACAACCCGGGCUCCUGCUCCGCCGUCCCGCCUGCCAGCUCGUCGGUCCCCGCGGCGGCGGCGGCGGCUGCUCAGUGACAGCGGCGGCGGCACCAGGACGACCGUAGCUUGGGUAGGGUCGUGCGGCCCGGAAACGCACAGCCGGCCGAAGGGCGGCGCGGCGCGAGGAAGGCCUGACCGGGGUCGCGCGUGAGGAGACCUCGCGGGCGCCCGGCGAGAGGCGGGCGUGAGGGAGAGCGGAGGCAGUGGCCGCCGGCGGCCCGGACCCGCCAGUCCUCGCGGCCGCCGCCGGCAUGAGCCACAUCCAGAUCCCGCGGGGGCUCACGGAGCUGCUGCAGGGCUACACGGUGGAGGUGCUGCGGCAGCAGCCUCCAGACCUCGUCGACUUCGCGGUGGACUAUUUCACCCGCCUGCGCGAGGCCCGCGCCCAAGCCGCCAGCCCGCCCGACACCCCUCCUUCCGGCUGCCAGGGUCUAGAGCCCAGCCCUGGCCUUGUCGCCGACGCGAACGAGGGCAGCGAGACCGAGGACGACGAGGACUUGGACGUUCCAAUUCCUGGUAGAUUUGAUCGGCGAGUGUCAGUCUGUGCUGAGGCCUUUAACCCUGAUGAGGAAGAGGAAGAUACUGAUCCGAGGGUGAUUCAUCCUAAAACUGAUCAACAGAGAUGCAGACUUCAGGACGCUUGCAAAGAUAUUCUCCUUUUCAAAAAUCUUGAUCAGGAACAGCUUUCUCAAGUCCUCGAUGCCAUGUUUGAAAGGACAGUCAAAGUUGAUGAGCAUGUUAUUGACCAAGGAGAUGACGGAGACAACUUUUAUGUUAUAGAACGGGGAACUUAUGAUAUUUUAGUAACAAAAGAUAAUCAAACCCGCUCUGUUGGUCAGUAUGACAACCGUGGCAGUUUUGGAGAACUAGCUCUGAUGUACAACACUCCGAGAGCUGCUACCAUUGUCGCCACUUCAGAAGGCUCUCUUUGGGGACUGGACCGUGUGACUUUUAGAAGAAUCAUAGUGAAAAACAAUGCAAAAAAGCGGAGGAUGUUUGAAACAUUCAUUGAAUCUGUUCCCCUCCUUAAAUCUCUAGAGGUGUCAGAACGAAUGAAGAUUGUGGAUGUAAUAGGAGAGAAGACCUAUAAGGAUGGAGAGCGUAUAAUCGCUCAGGGUGAAAAGGCUGAUAGCUUUUACAUUAUAGAGUCUGGCGAAGUGAGCAUCUUGAUUAGAAGCAAGACUAAAGCCAACAAAGAUUCUGGGAACCAGGAGGUCGAGAUUGCCCGCUGCCAUAAGGGGCAAUACUUUGGAGAGCUUGCACUGGUCACCAACAAACCCAGAGCUGCUUCGGCUUAUGCAGUGGGAGAUGUCAAAUGCUUAGUUAUGGAUGUACAAGCAUUCGAGAGGCUUCUGGGGCCCUGCAUGGACAUCAUGAAGAGGAACAUCUCACACUAUGAGGAACAGCUGGUGAAGAUGUUUGGCUCCAGCAUGGAUCUGAUCGAUCCCGGGGAGUAGGUGUGCCACACCCCAGAGCCUUCUCAGUGUGACACCAAAACCUUCCGGUCAGCCACAGAACACACACAGAAAACAGACACAACAGAACUAUUCCUGCUGUUGCCACCUCUGCUGCCAUUACUAUGGCUGUGGGCAUUUAGAAAACUUGAAAGUCAGCACUAAAGGAUAGGUAGAGGUUUGACUUGCACCUCCACUUUUCUCUGACAGCCCAUUAUUAAACCAUUUGUAAUGAUUAUUCCAACCCAGUUUUCACAUCUUUGGUUCAAAAUGGCAUGUCUCUCCAACAAUUUAAGUGCCUGAUACAAAGUCCAAAGGGUAAACACCUUCCUUUCCUCUCUUGCUGCUACUGUUGCUUUUGGAAGUUACCACAGGUCUGCACAAACCUGCUGUAUAACUGUAGACACCCUCCCCCAACCCUUCUCAAGGGAGGAAAUGUUGUCGCCUUCGAUCUCCUCAUUUAUCCUUUGAGAAAGUCCACAUUUGUUCACAAUUGUAGCCUUUGGUUCUACAGUGGAAAAUGGUGGCAGAUAUGAUGGAGGUCUGUGUUCUUGUGGCAUUGUACUUUCUGCUGAAAGCUGCACACAUGACAGCUGUCUCCAAACUCACAGGGAUGCUGAGGGAAGGGCCCUGCCCAGGGCCCAGCAAAUCAGCACCCAAAACACACUGAUCCGUCAUUUUUCGCACAGACAGUUUGGGUUCAGCACGUUCUUCAGGUAGCAGAGAGCCAGGGAAGGCUUUCUGGGUUGGAGGGUUUGUUUUGUUUUCAUAGACUUUGUUUUGUUUUGUUUUGUUUAAUCUCUGUGCCAUUUGCAUGGAUGGAUUACUGUCCAUUUCUAAGGAGCCAGGGUCUGGAGGUGCCAUCACUUUAACUGACCCAAAUACUUUCCUGGAUAAUUCCCGCCCCCUCUUGUUUCCAGUUGUCUCUACUGGCUGGUGGCAGUGUGCCAGCAAGAGUCUGUCCUACAAAGAGAGCCCUUGACUUCUACUCUAGAGUUAACACAUAGCUUUGCUGCUGAACCAUCAAUUUUUAAACUCUUUAAAGAAGCAGCAGCUAUUUUUUUUUAAUUAAAAAAAUAUUUCUCUAUUUAGGGAAUUCCCCUCGGAUGUGUUUAUAUAUAUCAGUUUGUCAGCUGACUCAGGCAUUCAUCCUAAAGGUCAACUCUUUUGUUAGUUUUCAAAACUUGGCAUCAUUUACAGUUUUAUAGAAUUACUGUGAAGACCUUUCUAAUUAAGAUGUUAGGAUAUUUGGGGUUCCAAUUGUUAAUUCCAGGGGAAAGUAAUUUAGCUUGUAUUUUAAAACUUUUUUAGCCUUUUAAUUAUAACAGGUAGAAUUCUGAUGAAUUAUCCUAAUUAGCUAGAUACACUUCAGAAUGAAAUUUUUUCUUCAGAAUGACUUAGAAUCAGAUGUUACAAGAGCAAUGUGAAAUUUGCAUAAAGGUAAAUUUGAAUGUCAUAGCCAAGUUUAUAUUAAAUCAAGAAACCCUUUACGAUAUUUUUUAAAACUUAUGUAACUCAAUAAAUCCCUAAGAGAUCACAUGCUGGGGCUUGACUCAUUCCUAUUGUGGAUAGUGACGGAGCCCACAUGGUCACCUUCCAUUGUCCACAUAGGUCAGGCUCUGUUUUUGCCAGACAGUAUGGUCGAGAGAUUUCCAGAGUGGUGACUCACCACAGUCUUGGUGAAUUCUCCCUUUUUCUUGUGCUCCUUGGAGUGAAAGCAGGACUCUUUUCAGACUGCUCUAGGUAGCCUGCAUUGCAGCUCUCUGAAUUGUGAAACGUUGUAACUAAUACUCCAAAACAGGCAGCUAGCACUGGGAAAGCCAUGUGGGUUUUCCCACGAUUUUUUUUCUUUUCUGUGGUGUUGCUUUAUUAUCAAAUAAGUUAAGAAAGCAGACCUUGCACUUUAGCUGACAAGAACCACACCAGUUUUUUGCAAAGGAAACAGGUAUAUUGGGCUUCAAGAGUGACAUAGAAAUCUAGCCCCAGACUACGUGAGGACUGUGUUUAAACACCAAACAGAUGCUCCCUUUGCACCCCCACUCCAGCAUUAGUUAGGACUGGCUGUGAACUCCGUGCCAGAGUCACUUAUGCAUGCUUCUGGGGAGAAGCCUUCUCAUCCUGCCUUCUUGCACUUCCCAGUUUAGUCUUCUUCACAGAAGUCUCUUUGACACCCCCAACUCACUGAUGGUUGCUGUUUUACAGAGUAGAAUUCAUCAGGUUUAAGUCCUCCUGAUCUAAUUACACAUUGACAUAUAGAUGAUCAGUCUAGCCCUUCACGGCAUACAAGAGCCCCUUGGAGGUCUGGCUUGAGAAAGGGAGACCUGAAAGGGACCAGUGUAAGUGAAAUAGGACACAGCCAUUACCAAGGUGCCAGGAGUCUAACUGUUCAAUUCUCUUUGCAGGAUGGGAAGUCAAAGGUGGUAACAAGUUUAACUCAAGGCUCUGGUGUCCACUUUGUGCCAGGCAAGCCCUGCACUGAUGGUUGAGCCUCAUGGGGAGGGUGUGUUGGGAAGAGAUCCCUUUGUUAAUUGUUUCAUAUUGUUCUCUUCUGUGGGUUAGAGCUUCACGAGCCCUCUUUUCUGACUUUGCUAUUGAUUUUGGAUGGCGGAGAAUGUUCCUGAGAGCCUUGAGGUCCAACCUGCAGUAUUAUCUUUCCUUCUGGCCCCAGGUUAUCACAUCCACUCUCUUUUGGUUGUAUUCUCUGAAGGAAGGGUUCAUGGGUUCUGUCCCCUUAGUCGAGAGUCCUUAUAUAUAACUGUGUUAUAUGUAAUUGCCAUAGAUUCUCAGAAAGCAGGGUGGAGUUUUUCUUUGAGGAGUUUAAUGAGCAAAUUCAGCAGCGAAGUUGCAAGGAAUGGUUCUCUAGCUAGUAGAGGUCGUGUUCAUCCUCUUAUCGCCCAGAUUCUCUGCUCACAAUGGCAGAGUCAUCAGUGGUGCCGCUGGCAAACACCCUGGGCACACAGCAUUUCCAUGUUGUGUCACAGUGUACAAACCAAUCUCUCGUUUAGAAAAAUGGCAAGAGCAUUGUUUUGCACAAAGAGAAAAAAGACCCAUGAAUGUCAUCUUUUAUCUUUUGUUUUCAGUUGGCUGAUGUUGGAAUUUUUGUUCUUGACAUGCACUUGUAAACCAAUCUUGCCAAGAUACAAGUUGUUUUGGUUUUUCACUACAAUUACCUCUUGUUCCUCCUGUCUUGACUGCUGACGUUCCUCAAUGAUUCUAAUGUCUAUUUUAUGGGAAGCAGCCUUCCCGUGGGUUUCCUUUUACACACUGCAGGGCUAUCUUUAUACUUUUUAAAAAAAAAUUUAUAAAAAAAAAGGAGAAAACUGUCACUAACCUCAUGGGGGAUUUGCAGAAAACCAUUUAGCCCACCUUGAGCAAAAGGUAUACUCCUCAUUGUUUUCUUAAGCUCACUGUAUUAAAAGAAAUCUAAUUCAGCAUUAUUGUGCUACCUCAAAGGUAAAAAUGUUUUAAGGUCUUUUUUUGGUCCUGAGUUCUACACAUAGUGUUUGAAAUGUCUUUCAAUUGGAAUUAUUUUUAAAUCAUUGGGGAGAAUCUUAUUUUAACCUGUUUUACACUUGUAUUUUAAUCUCAGAAGAAUAAGUGAUUGGAAAAUUAUUAAUUCUUGCUCUGUAGUAUUGAACAUAUAAUUAAAGCAUUGUUUGCCAUAAACAAGGUUGGGAUUUUUAAAAAGGAAACUCUAGGGCUCGGCUUUGCUCUUGGUUAAUAAAGGCUGACAAAUCACGUCUGA